AUGGCCGACGCUGGGCCAAGUGAUGUGAGUUCAUAUGCUGAUACUGUUGCUGCUGAUGUCAGUUUGGCUAAUGGUGAUGGUGAUGAUGACGUCCAACCCCAAAGCCCAGGUGAUAAUAAUGAUGCUCAUGCUGGUGACCAUGUCAGUUUGACUGAUGAUGAUGAUGAUGUCCAUGACGUCCAACCCCAGAGCCCACGUGAUGACAAUGAUGCUGCUGAUGUCAGUUUGACUGAUGAUGAUGGUGAUAAUGACGUCCAACCCCAAAGCCCAGGUGAUAAUAAUGAUGCUGCUGAUGUCAGUUUGGAUAACGCUGAUGGUGAUGAUGACGUCCAACCCCUAAGCCCAGGUGAUAAUGAUGCUACUGAUGUCAGUUUGGAUGAUGCUGAUAAUGAUAAUUAUGACGUCCAACCCCAAAGCCCACGUGAUGAUACCGAUGCUACUGAUGUCAGUUCGGAUGAUGCUGAGGUGUCUUCUGAUGCUCAGGCAUAUGAUGUGAACUCAAUUAGCAGUGGUGGUUAUAGUGAACAUGAAGAACUGGGUGACUCGUCAGGAGAUGAAGGUGACCAUGAUCAGCCGUUAUCACGAUCUCCUGAACACAAGCAAGAUAAGAGAAGACGGGAUGACUUGACUCUGCUCAGACUAUACCCGGACUUUCUUCUUGGUCCUGAUGGAUUCUUGUGUCGGGUCUGCUCCGCCUUUGCCCCACCUGCAGACAGGAACAACAAGUUAUUAAAACCAUUUAUUUCAACAGGCUCAGAUUUGGGGGAUCACCUUCAAAAUUGCAUUUGA